AUGUCGCGUUCCUUUGAAAAUAGUUCUCAGUAUGAGCGUUCAGAAGUUGAUCCUGAAGAUCAAGCAUGGGAUGACUGGUCUAACGAUGAGGACGAAGUAACUGAUACACAAUGUUUAUUCUGUCAAGAUAUACUUGCAGAUCCUUUAAAAGCUUUUCAACAUAUGAAAGAGGCGCAUCAAUUCGACUUCCAAUCAUUGAAACACUCUUUGCAGCUCGAUUUUUAUCAAUGCAUUCGGUUGAUCAACUAUGUUCGUUCGCAAAAAUUGGCAGCUGAGAAUGUACUAAAACUCAACGGUGAAGAGAAGUUCUGGGAAGACGAAGUUUAUCUAAAGCCUGUGUUGGAAGAUGAUCCUUUACUUUUCGCAUUCGAAGAAUUAGAGUUCGUUGAAAAUGAAAAUCAGCAACAACAGGAGCCUACUAUUACAAGUAGUAAUACAACAUCAAAUUCAGCCUUACCAGACUUGAUCAAUCUCAAGGCUACUACAGAAUUAGAAAAGCAUUUACUGAGUUUGUUAGAAGCCUCACAGGAGUCCAAAAUCAAUCUUGAAGGGCAAUUUGAAGAAUACAAGCAGAUGGUCAAAAAGACAUUCUAUGAACCCCUUGCCAAUGACAGCAGCAACAAAAAUGAUCAAGUGAAUAAGGGGUUUAUUGACGAAGGCAAUUAUUACUUUAACGGAUAUGCCCACAAUGAUAUCCAUGAACAAAUGUUAAAAGACACAGCUCGAACCGAAGCUUAUCGCGACUUCAUUUACGAAAACAAAGAUAUCUUUAAGAACAAAAUCGUAUUGGAUGUGGGAUGUGGCACUGGUAUCUUAUCCAUGUUUGCCGCUAAAGCCGGUGCAAAACAAGUAUUUUCUGUUGAUAAUUCUGCCAUUAUUGAAAAAGCAAAACGCAAUAUCAAAGAAAACGAGCUUGAUCAUAUCAUCACAUGUAUUCGAGGCAAAGUUGAAGAGAUUGAAUUACCCGUGCCUCAGGUCGAUAUUAUUGUUUCUGAAUGGAUGGGAUACUUCCUUUUGUUUGAAGCCAUGUUGGAUUCGGUUCUUGUAGCUCGUGAUCGUUGGUUAGCACCAAAGGGUAUCAUGGCACCCAGUCAGACCCGCAUUUUGAUGGCGGCUUUAGAUGAUGAGGACUUGAAAGAUGACCGCGUUAAUUUUUGGAAUGACGUGUACGGUUUCAAAAUGUCAGCAAUGAAAGAACCUACAUUAAAUGAAGCAGUGAUCGAUUUUUUGAAGCCAGAAAGUGUGAUUUCUGAUAUUAUCACGUUGAAAGAUUUACCUUUGCAGACAGUCACGGCAAAACAGCUCGAUUUUGUAUGUAAAUAUGAAAUGAAAAUCAACAAAGAUGGUACACUGUAUGCAUUUGGUGGUUGGUUUGACACAUGGUUUACUCGUGAUGGACAUGAUAUUCCCGCCGAUAGAGGAGCAGAGAAGGUAAAGGGAGAAAUUUAUUUAACUACAAGUCCGCUCGGUAAAGAUACACAUUGGAAGCAGACAGCAUUUAUCCUGGAGGAACCUAUCCAAGUAAAGGCAGGUGAUAAGAUCCGUGGUGUUUUUACUUGCCAUAAGGGUGUAGAUAACCCAAGAGAACUGGAAUGCGAAGUUGAAUAUAGUGUAAAUAAUGGAGGAUCGAAGAUCCAAAACUUCUAUAUAAAGUCCUAA